AUGAUCCGUUUUAUCCUCAUCCAAAACCGCGCCGGAAAGACGAGAUUGGCCAAAUGGUACAUGCAUUUUGAUGACGAUGAGAAACAAAAGCUUAUCGAGGAGGUUCACGCGUGUGUAACGGUUCGCGACGCUAAACACACCAACUUCGUCGAGUUCCGCAACUUCAAAAUUGUCUAUCGCCGUUACGCCGGACUCUACUUCUGCAUUUGCGUGGAUAUCACCGACAAUAAUCUCUACUACUUGGAAGCCAUUCAUAAUUUUGUUGAGGUGCUCAAUGAAUACUUCCACAACGUGUGCGAGCUCGAUUUGGUCUUCAACUUCUACAAAGUGUACACCGUCGUCGACGAAAUGUUCCUGGCCGGCGAGAUACGUGAAACAUCGCAAACCAAAGUGCUCAAACAACUACUCAUGCUCACUUCGCUGGAAUAG